AUGUUCGUCUUCAGGAGAAUCACCCGGUACGCCAUCUUCGCACUGCUGGCCCUCGGAUGUCUCUACGUGUUCAGCAGGUCCGGCGGCAGCGGCUCCAUCACGGUGAUAGACCCGGCCGCCAUCGUCGCCGAGGCACCGGUGUCGGUGCCUGCGGCAGUGGCUGAGCUGGACCCGCAGCCCCACGCAGAAGCAGCACCAGACGACAACCUCAACGGGAAAGACACCCCGGUCGACACAACCCCCGUCCACGCCAACGCUCUGGAAAGCCUCCACUUCAAACACCACAAGGACACUCCGCGGGAAAAGGUCGUCGAAGACAACUACAACCAGUUGGUGUCGAUCCUGCAGCAGGUCAUCUCGGAGCCCAAGGUCGACAACCUUGUCCGGCCCAUUAACCCGUCCACAUACAAGUUGGCCAACGCCACGCUCAUGAUCAUGGCCCGAAACCAGGACCUGCGGGGCGUUCUCUACACAAUGAGACAGAUCGAGGAGAAGUUCAACUCCAAGUUCCACUACCCGUACGUGAUCCUCAACGACGGCGACUUCAAGGACAACUUCAUCGACAGAGUCACUAAGAUGACCACCUCCAAGGUCUAUUUUGAGAAGAUCGAGCCCGAGGAAUGGAACCAGCCAGACUGGAUCGACUCGUCGAAGCAGAAGAGCCAGAUGAAGGUUCUCAAGCAGCAGAACAUUGCCUAUGCAAACAAAGUCUCCUACCACAACAUGUGCAGGUACUACAGCAUCAACUUCUUCAACCACCCGAGAAUGCGGGAGUUUAAGUACUACUGGAGAUUUGAGCCCAACACAGACUAUUUUUGCGACAUCGACUACGACGUCUUCAAGUUCAUGGAAAUGAACAACAAGGUCUACGGCUUUGUCAUCAGCUUGUACGACGCACAGGAAACAAUGCCAUCUCUAUGGCCUGAAACCCUCAAAUUUUUGAACAAAAACAAAAACUACCUCAACAAAAAUGCUGCCAUCGAUUUCUUGAUGGAAGACAUGCAAAACCCGGUGAAAACAGAGUUCACCGGCGGCUACUCCACCUGCCACUUCUGGUCCAACUUUGAAAUCGCAGACAUGGACUUUUAUAGAGGCGAGGCCUAUACAGAGUGGACCAAGCAUUUAGAUCAGACCGGCGGAUUCUACUAUGAAAGAUGGGGCGAUGCCCCAGUGCACACCCUUGGCGUGGGGCUUUUUGCAGACAGAAACGACGUCCAUUGGUUCCGUGACAUUGGCUACAAGCACCACCCUUACACGAACUGCCCCCACUCGGACAAGUGCCACGGAUGUGAGCCGGGACUGUUCACAUACGAGCAUCUUAAGGAUCAGAACUGUUUGACCAAUUGGUGGAACUACGAGAUGGAUGACACAUCCCGUCAGCUCUACUGA